CCGCCUAGCGCUAGCGGGGGAAACCGGCUGCGCGCUCCUCGGCUCUCGCCCUCUCCCACACUACAUCUUUGCGGCGGCGGCGGAACCGCGUAAGCGAAAGCUAAUGGCUCCCAGGGUCGCCCGCGCGGUGGCGGCAGCCAGCUCCGGCUCCGAGGAUGAGGAAGAGGACGCGGGGUUCUCCAGGAGCUACUUCCUGGCCAAGGAGAAGGAACCCUCCUCCGGCAAGAAGCGCGCCCGCGCCGCUGCGGGCAAGCUCUCCGACCUCAACCUCGUCGAUGAGCAGGUGUUGCGUGCAUCCCUUUCCGAGAUCCCCCCGAAGCACGAGGAAGAGGUGGAGGCUCUUACGAGAAGCUACAAGGAUCAGUACCGCAACUGGCUGUUCGAGCUAAGGUGCGGUUUUGGUCUCUUGAUGUAUGGGUUUGGAUCUAAGAAGCAACUGCUCGAGGAUUUUGCCUCCACUACCUUGACUGAUUUUACUGUCAUUGUGAUCAAUGGCUAUCUUCCGUCCAUCAACUUGAAGCAGGUUAUAGCAACAAUAGCUGAAAUGUUCUGGGAUCAAGCAAAAUCUAAGCGCAAACGUCAACCUGGAACAAGGUCUCAGUUAUCACAGCCUUUUCCUUCACAAUCAUUCGAUGACAUCAUUUCAUUUCUAAAGAGACAGACAUCAGAUGACGUGGAUGAUCAGGUGUGCCUUCUUAUACACAAUAUUGAUGGACCUGCCUUGCGUGAUGCUGAAUCACAGCAAUGUCUAGCACAAGUUUCUUGCUGCCCACAAGUCCGUGUUGUUGCAUCAACCGACCAUGUUAAUGCACCUUUAUUAUGGGACAAGAAAAUGGUGCACACUCAGUACAGGUGGAGCUGGUACCACGUCCCAACAUUUGCACCUUACAAAGUCGAAUGUGUUUUCUACCCAUUGAUUCUUGCUAGUGGUGGUCACGCCCAAACCACAAAAACGGCUCUAGUCGUUCUGCAGAGUCUGACACCAAAUGCACAAAGUGUUUUCAGAGUUCUUGCUGAAUAUCAGUUGGCAAAUGAAAAGGAGGAAGGUAUGCCUGUCAGUAGCUUGUAUACAAAAUGCCGCGAGCGCUUUCUGGUAAGCAGUCAAGUGACACUGAACUCCCACCUGACGGAGUUUAAAGAUCAUGAUCUGGUUAAGAUUAGAAAGCACUCUGAUGGCCAAGAUUGCCUCCGGAUUCCUCUUGUUUCUGAUGCACUGGAGAAAUUGCUGCAAGAAUUGGGUUGACACCCUGCUCUUGGGCAUUGUUCCAUCAGUCAGCUGGCUCCAAAGCUUAAGGAUUUUCUGCUGCAUGUAACUGAAGAAUGUGCUACCAAUCAACGGAAAACAUAUCACUUUGGAUAGAACUCAGAUGAGCAUUACAGUCUGUAAUUGUACAUGGAUUAUCUAUUACCUCUCUCUUAAUUGGCAGCAUGUUGCAUGAAUUGCUCUGCUAUGCUUGGCUUUUUUUGUUUCUUUGUCUUGAAAAUUUUGCCAUGUACUGUGAUUUGGCCAUUGGCAGUUGGCCGCUACCCAAUUUAUCGGUAUAUCUAUUUGGCACAA